AUGAAUCCCAUAGCUAUGGCCAGAGCACGAGGUCCUGCCCAAAAUUCGGGACCAACAAUUCAAGACUACUUGAACAGGCCAAGACCAACAUGGGAAGAAGUGAAAGAGCAACUAGAAAAGAAAAAGAAAGGAUCCAGGGCUUUGGCUGAGUUUGAAGAAAAGAUGAAUGAGAAUUGGAGGAAGGAACUGGAAAAACACAGGGAGAAAUGUCUGGGUGGAAAUGAGAGUUCCUCCAAAAAGAAAGAGAAAAAGAAAAAGGAAAAGAAGAAAUCUAAUAGGUUGUCUUCAUCUUCCUCUUCUUCAUCAAGCUCUGAUUCUUCCAGCAGUUCAUCUGAUUCAGAAGAUGAGGAUAAAAAGCAAGGGAAGAAAAGAAGGAAAAAAAAAUAUCGCUCCUCACGGAAAUCUUCAACAAGCUCAACUUCUGAAUCUGAGUCAGACAGCAAGGACAGCACAAAAAAGAGAAGGUCAAAGGAGGAUUAUGAAAAAGAGAAGGAAGGCAAAAAUCACCACAGGAAAAGGAAGAAAGCUGAUCGUGGUGAUGGACCUUUAUCAUCAGAAUCCAUAUCAGAAUCGGAUCAGACAGAGGAGGUGCAAGCAAAAAAGAAGAAAAACGAGGAAAAAGAGAAAACAGAUAAAACAAAAAAGAAAAAGAAGCACAAGAAACAUGGUAAAAAGAAGAAAAAGAAGAUUGCUGGUUCAAACUCGGAUUCAGAAUAAUAUUUUUGAAAAAACAAGACUAUCAACAGAAGUGCAAUGACUAAAGGAAACUUAAACUGUGAAAUGACAGCAAACUUUACCAAACUGCAUGAGUUUUCCUGUGUUUUAGAAAUAUUCCUAAUCUUUCGGUAGCCAGCCAGAUGCAGCUGUGCUGGGAAAGACCAUUGCUAUUGCCUGCUGCUUAAUACGUGAGGUACAACUUUUAUAAAAUUCCAGUAAGCAGUGUUAGGUGUUUGAAACAAUAUGAGAUGGUAAUCCAGCUGAGGUGUAAAAUAUUGGAAAGUAAGAGUUAAACUUCUUAGAUAGUGAAGAUAGUCUUUUAAAGCAUUAGUAAUAGUCUUUAUUUGUAAUUCAGGACAGAUAACAUCCCGAGUUCAUCCUGUAGGUUAAUAUUAUACAUGAACUAUUACAAGCUGGUGUCUGCUAUUAACAUUUACAAAAUGGGAAAUUAAUGAUAACAUUCUAAAUGCUGCCUUGUAGAAAUGUUUAUCAUCUGCCCCAUUACCGUCUUCAUGCUUAUGAGAAAGGGAAUGCUACCAUUUUGGCUAACUGAAUAGGGUGCCUUUGCCUUUGAUUCUUGCAAAUCUGCUAUUCUAAUCCAUGCAGCGUCUGAUUCUAGGGAAGCCAGGACUGUUGUCAGCAGACCUUUUUCUGAAUAAGCAGUUCUAGGCUUCUAAGCAUGUGCUUCUGCAUUAAGCAAGAGCAAUGACAUUUUGCAGUAUAACUGACAUUAAAAACCUGAAGAUUUUACCUCUCCUUUGAAAUAGCGAUAGAUCUUUGCUAGCAAAUAUGCUUAUUUCACUUAAUGUAAUUUUGGUUUAGUUGAACACUUCUUCCAAACACUGGUAGCUUUCGUUGCAUUACCUUCAGAAUUGUUUUGCAUGAUUUGUACCGUUUCUAGAUUAAUGAAAUGCAGGUAAUCAUUUGUUGUAACCAGUUUUGUGAAUUACGUUCCACAUGCAGAGUUUCAUGUAUGUAUUUAGUUACUCUUGUAGUUCAGUUCAUUGCUGUGUUCAAGUGCACACUUGCUGAAGAUAUUUAGCAUGUAAAAAGCAGGGUUUUGAUACCUUAACAGCUUCAUAUUGAAGCUGAUUUUACUCUAGGCAAGUUCAGUGGCAGACCUGUUAAGUGAUGUGUCUUGUUAGAUAAAAAAACUACUGCCAGAAUCUCAUUAAAGAUACUGUUUAAACAGUUUGUAUUUAUAUUUUUGUACUCGAGGGCUACAGAAUGUUGACCU